UCUCCUACAAUGGCACAACGGCCGAAAAAGGAAUUCGAAGACUCAUCGGAAGAGGAAAACGAGGACUUCAAAAAUCUUUUGUUUAGUGAAAAGAUGAUGCAGUUUAUUAAUGCGACGGACUCAGAGGAGGAAGAAGAACCGUCCACAAGCCAUAAGCGCAAGAAGAAGCGCCGAAGGAAGUCCUCUUCGGAGGACGCAGAGCAGCAGGAUGGUCCCUCUACAAGCCGCAAGCGCAAGAAGAAGCGCCGCAAGAAGUCCAAGUCUCGUCACAGGGCCCGAAUGCCCGUAGAAGAUCCAGAGAUAGAUGAACCAUUUCGUAAUGACACCUCCUCUGGAGGCCUUUCGCCCUGGGCCCCGGUCUUAGAACCGUCGGCCGAGAAGAUUAGUGUCCCGUGUGUGGAUUUGAAUGGUGAGGUGCCGCCGUUUGAAGCGGAGUGUCCUGGUAGUUCAAAGGCAAUUCAGGAGAAGUCAGAGCCUCCACCCUCAAAAGCAAUGGAAUGCGAGAUGUCCGACGAAUCUUCCUCGAAAGUAGGUGAAGAUCCUACAAACCCUACUUAUCUACCACGUGGACAAGAUCCAGAAGAUCCAGAGAUAGAUGAACCAUUUCGUAAUGACACCUCCUCUGGAGGCCUUUCGCCCUGUGCCCCGGUCUUAGAACCGUCGGCCAAUAUCCAGGUUGUGGAUUUCAAUGGUGUGGUGGAGCCGUCGGAAGCGGAGGGUCCUGGGAGUUCUAUGGCUAGUCAGGAGAAGUCAGAAUCUCCACCCUCAAAAGCAAUGGAAUGCGUGAUGUCCGAGGCAUCUUCCUCGAAAGUAGGUGAAGAUCCUACAAACCCUACUUGUCUACCACGUGGACAAGGAAAUGACCAGAGUGUCAUCUAGACUCAUUGAGACGGGAAUGAUUAAGGUGAUUACCAUGACCACGGCUGAGGCGGAAGAAAUGCGGAAGAAACCAUCCAGCUUUCGUCCAGAUAUCGGAAAGCCCUAAUCAACCUGUAAUCAAUGUAAUAAA